GCAGUUGGGAUUGAACUGUAAUUUUAUGGGAGGAGAGAAGGAGGAUUUUGUCGCAAAUGGCCAAAUCGAGUCUCACAUCUUUCACUGCAGCAAACAAAAGCCGCAUGAAUCGUGAAAUCGAAAAGGGCUCUUCGUUGAUUUCGCUUCUUCGAUCAUUUCCUUUUCUUGCAUUAUUCAUCGUCAACGUAUAGACGUAUACAUAUAUGCGUGGGCGGUGACGUGUCCUCCUCAUUUCAAAUCGCUUCCAGAUCCUUCUUUUAAUUCUCUGAGUUUUUAUAUUUGCUUAAUAAUCUCUCUCAACUUCCACCUACCGACCUGGUUUACGUUUUCGCUGUUCGUAGAACUCUCUCCAGAAAAAAUAUAUAGCUGCUGCUACUUCUCUUCUUUCAUCAUUCUUUUGGUAAGGGAAUAAAGCUUACUUUUAGAGGACGAAUUAAUAAACAGAACAUCAUGGAGGAAACAAUGGCAGCAAGGUAUUGGUGUCAUAUGUGCUCUCAAAUGGUCAAUCCCAUCAUGGAUGGGGAAAUCAACUGUCCAUUUUGCCAAAGUGGAUUUGUUGAAGAAAUGAGUAACGCAACCAGUGGCAGCAACAUUCCCAAUACGCCAGAAGCUGAUUUUGAAUCUGAUCGGGCUCUCUCCCUUUGGGCGCCCAUCUUGCUAGGGAUGAUGGGCAAUCCACGUCAUCGUCGAAGACUCAGACAAAUAGAGAAUGAUGAUGACUAUGAUAAUGGUAAUGGUGAUGAUGUUGAUGGUGUCACACGCCAUGGUGGAGAAACUGAAUAUGAUCGAGAGCUUGAGUCCAUCCUUCGGAGGAGAAGGAGAAGCUCAGCUACUAUUCUACAAUUGCUCCAAGGUAUAAGAGCUGGGCUGGCUUCUGAAUCAUAUGAGAAUACCAACAUUGAUGACCGAGACAGGGAAAGAGAAAGAGAGCGUGUAAUCUUGAUCAAUCCUUAUAAUCAGACUAUUAUUGUUCAAGGUUCCUAUGAUUCAAACCAGAAUCAAAGUGAUGGUCAUAGCCCCAUUGGGUCUAUGGGUGAUUAUUUCAUAGGGCCUGGUUUGGAUUUAUUGCUGCAACAUUUGGCUGAGAAUGAUCCCAAUAGAUAUGGAACUCCGCCUGCCCAGAAGGAGGCCAUUGAAGCACUGCCUACUGUAACAAUCAAUGAGAAUUUGCAGUGUUCUGUUUGUCUGGAUGAUUUUGAAGUUGGUUCUGAAGCUAAAGAGAUGCCUUGUAAGCAUAGGUUUCAUAUUGGGUGUAUCUUGCCCUGGCUGGAGCUUCAUAGUUCUUGUCCGGUUUGCAGGUUUCAACUGCCAGUGGGUGAAUCUAAGCAAGAUCCUAAUGUUUCAAGGAAUAGCAGAAACCAAAGUGAGGAUGAAAAUAUUCGACAUGACAAUGCCGAAGAAAGAAAUGAGGAAGGGAGAAAUGCAAGUGGGACUAGAAGAUUCUCAUUUCCAUGGCCUUUCGAUGGACUAUUUUCUUCAUCGAACUCAUCAUCGUCUGUUAAUGCCAAUGCAAACGGAAAUGAUACUCAAUCAGAUGACAACUGAGUAUUCAUGCGAUAUGUGUUGUGCUAUUCAAAUGCUGUCUUGUUUAUGUACAGUCUUCUACCAAUCAAAGGAUCCAAUAUUGAGGGAACAAGUUAUAAUUUUUCACAUGGCUUUGUUUUUGCUAAAUUGUGCUUUCCUAGAUUCCAGUUGCUAUAUUUCCUUCAACGUUUACCACUCAACGUGGGAUCUGUAUACUUCUUGGUGGUGGUUUUAUCUUUCCAUCUCAUUAAUUUGUACAUUGGUUUAUUUACAUAAUUGUAUAUUCAAGUUGGGCUUUGAUAGACCCGUGAAGUUCAAUUUCUUAGGCCAUGACUCAUGGGUAGUAUUUCAGGAAUUGAAUAAGACGGGACUAUUUCUUUUCAUUCAGUUGGAAACCUUUUUC